AUGACCACCGAGACCUACGACACCGCGGCAGCGGCCAUGUUGCCAUCGCCGUCCACCGCAGCGCUUCUCAGCCCGCAACAUGCCACCUGCACCACGCGCGCUGUCCGGACCAAGUACGCUUCGUUUGUAGGUGAUUCUCCCGGGCACUACCCACACCUCCCUCUAUCAGAUUUUAUGGAGGUUAAUGCGGUAUCUUUUCUUACACCAGACGAGUCACGCCCAGAGCAGUGCUUUGACGCCGACCCAGCGCCUCGCGGGCGGUGCAAUCUACGUACCGACCUGACCUUGGAAGACGCCCACGUCGCGAACGCGGUGCUGGCCCGCUUCGGCGCCGACGAGACCCAGCUGCCGUACUUCGGCGACGGCAACUGCCACAACUGGGCAGCGGGCGCCGUGGCUUCGUUGGAGACGGCCGGGCUGGCGGCACCCGGCGACGGGGAGCGAUGGGCUGCUAUGAUAGGGAAGGGUCCUCUGGCUAUGGAGAGGGGAUGGACCGAGGACGCGGGCAGGCAGUGGGUGCCUUGCGAGAAGUUCCUCAAGCAGGUCCGGCCUGGGGUUGUAGAUGCGAAGUGGGGUGAUGCUGAUGGCAAGGGGGACAGCGCCUUAGUAGGAGGAGCUGAGAGUCGUGGUUUCAAGAACCGCGCUCGGGGUCUAGAAAAGCUGUUAGGUGGAAAGCAAGGGUGA